AUAAUUUUUAAUAUUAUUUUUAAUUUAAUGAUGUCGCUUCAGAGUAGCUAGUUCAUCUAUUUAAAAAGUUAGUUUCAUCAGCCAUACCAGAUCAAUAUAUAUCAAUGAACUAUUAACAAACAAAACGCACUAUCUCUAACUGUUUUGCUGGAAGUGUCUAACGUUACACAACUCUUUCGUCUACCGGCGCAGUUGUUUUAAAUGACUAACUUUUGUUAACUUGGAGGUAUCUGAAUGACGUUCCUCUACGGGAAAAAUAAGCUUUGCUCGAAGUGAGCAAAUAACUGAAGACUCCAGUGCUAGACCCUUGCCCAUUAAGGAAACACUGGUGUCAACCUGAUCUGUCAUACUUCAGUUUUCCGAGUGACAUAAGAUAUGGCUUCAGCCGACAAGAAUAUAUACUUCAUUGUAAUUGCAAAACCGUCAAUGGGGUUCAUAGAAGCUGGUGAAAUAUGCUUCAUUGAUAAGGAUCUACAUGCGGAAUGGAAAAAGGGAAACAACACAAACCCUUUACCUGUAUCUUGUAUGGGCAAAGCAAUGCAUACAGACAUUGAUAUACUCCUACUGAGACCAUUGUCACUCAGAUCAGCAGAAUUUCUGCUGGCUCUUGAGUCCAAUAAAGAGCGAAUGGUUGCACUGAGCGAUCCUAAGGCUUUAGAGGAGGCUUCAAAUCUGUCCUUUAACAGUCAGGUUUACGUGGAGUAUAAAGGGAAAUGGCUCAAAGGUGUGAUUCGAUACAUUGGAAAUAUCAAUUCUUGUAUCUUUGGACAUAUUACAGGAGUCUUCUUUGGGGUGGAACUGCUGGGUGAAGAUACAGGGAAAGGUCAAAAUGAUGGUUCCUUCCUCCGCAAGACCUACUUCACAUGUCCUCAAAACUCAGGCAUUUUUGCCCCUUUUACAAGAAUCAAACCAGUGGAUCAUAAACCUUUAGCAUCACCAUUAUCUACUCAUUCUUCCCCAUUCAUGGCAUCUACUGAGCCUCUCAAUGUUGGAGACAGAGUAACCUUUUUUGGUGACAAAAAUGCACACCAUGGUAUGGUUAUGGAUAUAAAGGACAGCCCAGAUGGUAAAAUGGUUCUUAUAUCUACCGAUAAAGAUGAAGAGGGGAAGCAAGGAGGAGAGCUGUUAGUCCCAUUGGAUUGUGUAAUUAAAGAGGAGCUGUUAAAUAAAGAUGAAACUGAAAAAAUGGACACUUCUCAAAGCCCAGACAUGGGGGGUGUUCCUCAUUCUGAAGAAAUUUCUGUUGGCUCCCUAGUACAGUUUAUUGUAGGGAAAAAAAUAGCUUAUGGAAUUGUCCGCUGGAUUGGAUUUUUACCUGGUUAUCCUGAGAAGAGUGUUUUGCUGGAAGUGGAGGAGGGCAAGGGAGUGAGUGAUGGAACAUAUAAAGGAAAACAAUACUUUAAAUGUCCUCCUCAAAGUGGUAUAUUUGUGAAACUGUCAACUUGUCGGCCUGAUGAUCGUUUCUCUGAUGCAAAGGAGAAGGGUUUUAAUGGAAACUCUGAUAAAACAUCUGCAUAUGUGGAUGAGGAGAAUGUACCACCUAUUAGUACAGAAGAUGUGGCAAAGCGAUUGAUUGGUCAGAUGAAGGGCAUUCAGGGUCACUGCAACUCCUGUUAUAUGGACUCUGCCCUGUUCAGUGUGUUUUCCUGUUCAUCAGUUCUGGAUUCUCUGCUUUUUAAGUCUACACAAGAUCAAAAAAUUCAAAACAUCCUACUGAAAAACAUUGUCAAUCCUCUCCGCAAGCAUGGUUUUGUACCAGACUGCAGUGUGAUGAAUCUUCGGAAGCAAUUACAAAAUCGGGAACGCUGCCCCACUUACACCACAGAUGAGAAGGAUCCUGAAGAGUUCCUCUCUCUCAUCAUGCAAGAGAUUCUCUCUCUAGAUCCACCACUUAAACUCUGCCAAUCAGAAAGUGGACAUAAAGAGCAAAGCUGUUACUACUACCAAAUCUUUAUGGAUUACAACCACCAUUUAGUCCUGCCUACGGUUCAACAGCUACUGGAACAUUCGUUUUUCAGCAACAGUCUGAAACUAGCCGAGGUGCCUGCCUGUCUGAUUCUUACCAUGCCUCGCUCAGGGAAGAGCUUCAAAAUGUUUCCAAAAAUCAUUCCUUCUACAGAACUGGACAUCACAGGUCUUCUCGCUGAUGGUCCUCAGCCGUGUGUGUUGUGUGGUCAGCUAGCAAAUGAAGAAUGUGCUGAGUGCUUCAGAGACGCAUUGUUUAGUGAUACAGGAUUCAAAUAUUUCUGUUUGAAAUGUUCCACUCAGGUUCACUCUCACAAGCAGCGUCGAUGCCACAAAACUAGAAGCCUGCAUCUUCCUCAGGGCUUCUCACAGAGUUCAGGGACUGAUUCACGCACUCCUCCACGAGAGAAACUAGAGCUGUUUGCUGUGCUGUGCAUUGAGACCAGCCACUACGUUUCUUUCGUCAAAUACGGACCUCGGGAUACUGACUGGAUCUUCUUUGAUAGUAUGGCUGACCGCGUUGGUGAAAGCAAUGGCUAUAACAUUCCAGAAGUGCGGGCAUGUCCAGAGGUUGGCCAGUACCUACAUAUGUCACUGGCUCAGCUGGCAAAUAAAGUGCCUCGAGAGAUGGAAGGUGUGGCAAAGCGACUCUUUUGUGACGGUUACAUGUACCUUUAUCAGAGCAAGAGCAUGUCUCUGUAUCGAUGAUUGAAUCAACACGUAUACAUCAAUAAAUGAGAAUCAUACUACUAAUGACUAGGUCUGCUUGGUAAUGGAUUCUAAUAAUAAUAUGUUAUAUUCAAGGAAAUUCAUGAAACUAUUGCUUCUGCUCCAUAUUUGAGCAUUUAUCAGUCAAAUAUUUCUGCUUUCUAUCAAAUUAGUUUCCCAUAUGGCAUUGCCUGGGUGGGUGGUACAUACUGUUUAAACAAGCUGGAUUAGCAUGAUACAGUUGAUAUCUUUUAAGUAAUUUGGACUUGGAAAAAAAGAAGACUCCAAUUCUCAAAGUGCCUUAGUAAUACAAUCAUUUUCUACUCUCCAAAAUCUUACAAAAAAAAAUAUUUUAUUUUCAAAUGUGUAUUUCUAUAACUGUGAGCAGACCUACUGUAGCUUGCUGCCUAAUUCUCGUAAAUAGAAAACAGGGUCAAGAUAUUUUUGUUUAUAUUGAAUACUGACAAGAUAAAGAGUUUAUUUCUAUAAAAUGUUGAUGACUUAAUAAACGUGGAUUGAUCUUUAUUUUCAAGUGUUAAUGUUUUUGAAGUCCAUUCUGUAUAAAGAUUUUGGCUACUGAAUGACAUUGUGAGCCAUAUGGUUUGUAAUCACAGUGUCAUAAAUUAUCUGUUAUAUCUGAAUAUUUUGAUUUAUUUUUUUAGAUAUCCAUUCAUUAUAAAUAUGUUUUCCUGUGUUUAUCUACUGUAUAUGAUUCUAUGAAAAAUAUCAACCAAUUAAAUAAAUAUAUCUUGAUAUCUCCCUCA